CGCUUUGCUUUGCUGCAUUUGUUCCGUCGGGUCGGUGCGGAUCGGCGCUCGGCAUGGUGCUGACGUUGGGUUACUGGGACAUCCGUGGGUUGGCCAACCCCAUCCGCCUGCUGCUGGAGUACACAGAGACCCCCUACCAGGAGCGGCUGUACAGACAUGGGCCAGCCGAGCCGAGCGAUUGGAGCCGUGAGAAGGAGAAGCUGGGCCUCGACUUCCCCAAUCUGCCCUAUCUCAUUGACGGCAGCACCAAGCUGACCCAGAGCAACGCCAUCCUGCGUUACAUCGCCCGCAAACACAACAUGUGUGGGGAGACAGAGGUGGAGAAGCAGCACAUGGACAUGUUGGAGAACCACCUGAUGGAUGUGCGCAUGGCCUUCGCUUCGUCUCUGCUACAACCUGACUUUGAGAAGCUGAAGCCGGCGUACCUGGAGCAGCUGCCAGGGAAACUGCGGGAGCUGUCGCGUUUCCUGGGCUCCCAGCCGUGGUUUGUGGGGGGCAAGCUGUGCUGACCCCCGCUGCCCCCCCCCCUCAGCUCACCCUUCGUUGACUUUGUGGCCUAUGAUGUGCUGGAACAGCUGCGGAUGUUCGCCCCCGACUGCCCCGAGCUGCAGGGCAACCUGGCACAGUUCCUGCAGCGCUUUGAGGCCCUGGAGAAGAUCUCUGCCUACAUGCGCUCGGGGCGCUUUAUGAAGACCCCCAUCUUCUUCACAACGGCCGUGUGGGGCAGCAAGAAGGCGUGA